AUGACAUCCACACUUCUCUGUCCAGUGAAAGAGACGAAGGCGAAGAGGAAGAGGAAGCUGAUUGUUGACAACCUGAAAGAGCUGGACAGUAAGUCGAUCCGCGCCCAGCUCAGCGACUACUCGGACAUCGUGACCACGUUGGACCUGGCCCCUCCCACCAAGAAGCUGAUGAUGUGGAAAGAGACCGGAGGAGUGGAGAAACUCUUCUCUCUCCCCGCACAGCCGCUCUGGAACGGCAAACUGUUGAAGAUGUUUACGCGCUGCCUGACUCCCCUGGUGCCGGAUGAGAUGAGGAAGAGGAGGAAGGGAGGAGAGGCUGAUAGUCUGGAUGAGUUCCUGAAGGACCUGGAGAACCCCGAGGUGCCCAGAGAGGAGGCUCUGUCUGGCAGGGACGUUAUUGACCAGACCAUCAUGGAGGAACCCAGUAUGCUGCAGGCCUCAGCCAUGGAGGGAAGUAGGACGACCCUGGAUGAGUCUGUCAUGCCACCACCGUCCACCCCACACGGACUCAAACACAAGGAGGCUGGCCUGCCUAUGGGAGCCCAGGAGCCUCAGGCUGAUCUCUCAGUCCUCUCCAUGGCCCAGGUAGACCUGCCCCAGGUAGACCUGCCCCAGGUAGACCUGCCCCCAGAGGAGAGCCUCAGCCUCACACAGCUGGUCCCUGAGCUGGAUCUGCUGGACAAGGAGAAGAAGGACAAGGAUGACAGUGAUGAGGAGGAGGAGGAGGGGGAUCCAACUCAGGACCAGGAGGAGAAGAGGUGGAACAAGAGGACCCAACAGAUGCUACAUGGCCUUCAGGUAAACAAAUAUCUUGUUAUACACUUCUUCAAGUAAACAAACAAACUAUGC